UUUGUGUCUGACAAGACAGAGGCUGAUCGCAACUAGCUGCAUCUAUUCAUACCCACUGAGUACUAGUAUGUGGUAGCAAACCACCAAAAUGCCUCGGUAAAGCCGAUCCUCUUCUGACUUGAUCCUAGGGAUGGGCAAGAACAAAUCGAAGGGGUCGCUCCCCCAUCGCGAGGCUUAUUUGAGGAUGAACUUUCUGCAUCAGGCAUCUAACUUCAUGACAUCCGAGUGCAGUCAAGUUCCCGAAGCCAGGGAGCUCAGUCGACACUAUAAUUCCGUGAUGAAGACCGUAGCACGACGUCUUGUCCUACGCCUAGACUGCAGCAUCAAGCGUGGUAUCUGCAAGGCGUGCCACACGAGUCUGGCCACUGGCGACUGCAGCUCUGUCCGGGUACAAGGUAAGCGGCGCACACAUGUAGUGGUCACGUGCAAAACCUGUGGGGCCAUCAGGCGCUAUCGAGCAACACUAGAGAAAGCAAGUGACCGUCCUGUCAGCACUUGACAUGCCACUAACCUUCCAAAUCUGUCUCUUCAAUUCACAGCUACCCUAGCCCCAGCCAUUGCUCUUCCGGACCUUGACCGGCACAACGGUUAUUUUUAUUGUGUCCAUGGAUAUAUUUUCUAGUUUUUUCAGCCUUUCCUGAGUUUUGUCUGCAGGUUACAGACCAAUUCUCUAUUUUCGUAUGUUGAUUCCCGAUCGCUAUAGUCCUCGUGCAACCCAGUACGCAUGCAUGCAUGUCUGU